AGUGAGAGUGAGAGAGAUACGCGAAUCUUGAAAGCAAAGGUUAACUAGGAAUUAGUUUAGAUCUAGAAAAGUGAAAGAUGAAUAGGAAACAGCAAAGGGCGUCGAAAUUGUUGAUAUGGAUUCUGGGACUCUUUCUUGCCACUUACAUUGCUGGACGACCUUUGUAUUGGCAUCUCAAUGAGUCCCUCAAUUCCACCUCUUCUCCUUGCCCUCCUUGUCACUGUGAUUGCUCUCUUCAACCCCUUCUUUCUCUCCCUGAAGGAUUGACCAAUAGUUCCAUUAUAGAUUGCAUGAGGCAAGACCCAGAGGUGAGUGAAGAGGCGGGGAAGAGUUUCACAGAUCUUUUAGCCGAAGAAUUAAAGCAAAAGGAAGCUGAAGCUGAGGAAAAACAAAGAAUUGCUGACACAAAAUUGUUGGAGGCUAAGAAAAUGGCAUCACAGUAUCAGAAGGAGGCUGACAAGUGCAAUUCAGGGAUGGAGACAUGUGAGAAGGCCAGGGAAAGAGCCGGGGAAAGAGCUGAGGCAGCCCUUGAAAAUCAGAUGAAAGAAACUGCUUUGUGGGAGCUUAGGGCCCGCCAAAGAGGUUGGAACAAAGAUGCUGCAAAGAAAGCUAGAGCACUUUUUUAA